UUAGGCUAAAAGUAUCAAAAGAAAAAUCAAAAUAAAAUUAGUAGAAAAAUAAAAAAGAGGUGGAGAGAGAGAGAGAGAAGUGGAUGUGAGAAUUAUAUAUACCAAGUACUUGGAAUCUCGUGCACUGCUGGUGUUGCCUAUUUCUGAAGCAUAUCUUUCACGAAAGUUGAACGAGAUUGGCUGGAAUCUCACCCCAAACAUCGCACAACUUUGUAUUCUAAACAAAUGGGAAAUACAUGCAUUCUCUGCAAUUUCAUCUGCUGAUCGGUAGUCGUUACGAUAACAGAUUGUUUCAGACUGUUUUUGGGAUUCAAGAUUCAACACUGCAUCAGGUAAAAAGAAGUAAAAAGGGCUGAAAUCCCAAUGGAAAAGCUGCCUAAGGCAUAUGAAAAGGAGUACAUGAGGAUGGCCAUGUUAAAGCAUGAAGAAACAUUUAAACAACAGGUACAUGAACUACAUCGACUUUAUCGAACUCAAAAGACACUAAUGAAGAACGUAGAGAAAAGCAGGGAAACUGAGAGUUGGGACAAAAGGAAUGAGAUAUGUUUCAGACAAAUCUAUGAACAAGAUGCAAAAAACUAUUACAGAUCAACUCAUACAACGAAACUAGACAUGGAGCAGCCUGCUGAAGAUGAACCAGAAACCAACAAUGGAGCUCCGCAGAUCAUAAACGAGACCGAACUCGAACUAACGCUAGGGCCUUCAAGUUACAAUACUUCAGAUUCAGGAACAACCACCUACUCUUCUUCUUCAACAGGGUCCAGCCAUGAGGGAAGAAGAUGUACGGACACAAAGCAAGUUAAAGGUCAAGAAAUGGCGGCUUUGGGGGUAACUGAAAAUUCCUCGGGCUGCCAAAACGGGAAUAAUAGAGGAGAGAAGAAGAUGCUAGAUUAUCCUCCAUGGCUUUUUCAAGUUGUGAGCCUUAACAUGACUUAAUUUCUCAAGGUAUAAAGUAAUUACCAAUUCAUUUUUCAAUCAAAUUAUAUGAGAACAUCUUUGGUUGCUUCUCAUUCACUAAUCAACAGAGUGAUAUUUGAUGCUUUAGUUGUAUUGAUCUUCCUUCUACAUCUUGGGUUGUAUAUUGAGAUGUGUAUUACUUUGUAAAUUUUAACUUUGAGAACAUAAUCACUUUUGAAUUUCAAGGUACGAUUCAUGUGAA